AUGUGUCGGAACGAAUCGUCAAUGGCACUAAGGCGGUGCACGGUCAUUGGCCGUGGGUCGUCGGACUCUACAACAAGCACAGGCCACACCUUCUGCGGUGGGGUUCUCAUCAGCGCAUGGAUCAUUUUGACCGCAGCUCAUUGCAUACAAGCUCGUGAGACGGCGAGCUUUGCGGUCUUCCUCGGAACUUCAAGAAAACCCCCGAAAAAUAAUUCUGGUUUUGUAGUUUCGAUGUUUAGUUUUGAAUUCGACGAGGAUUACGAAGCAUACUACGACACGAAUAAUCUUUCUCAAUACGAAGUUGACACUGGUCAGAAUGCGCAAUACUCUGACGAACCAGUUUCCGAAGGCGUAUUCAUCGACGUAGAUGAAGUAUGUGCUGCGCAUCAAAGCAACGAUUGUACGGUGAUGCCCAAGGACAUUGCACUAAUAAAGCUCAAAGAAAGUGUUAAUUUCACCGACUAUAUACAACCGAUCUGUCUUCCUGAUGACUCGGAAGACCCUCCUGACCACGCUCCAAUCUACGUUGCCGGGUGGGGAAUAGUUAUUGAAUAUAUGGAUGAUUUGGAAGUUCCGUUUUAUACCGAGGGAUUCUCGGCUUCUGCGUCUGCUGUAAGAAACAUACAACACGGAAAGGAAGGUGCACGGGAGAUUGUUGAAGAAAACGCCGCUGAAUCCAACGGCGAUGCUGGGACCGACACGAAGGCGAGCCGGACGCUCGUGCAGGUGCUCAGGGAUGACCUGAUGGAGGCGCGAGUGAAAUAUAUUUCGAAUGAAGAAUGCGGUAUCAUGACCGAUAGCUGCAUUCCAGAAUACACCCUGUGUUCUAAACUGGACCUGGGAGGGAUAUGCCAUGCGGACAGCGGGUCCCCCGUGAUGUACGAGGAGGACGGACAAUGGAUACUGGAUGCGAUUGCAAUCGCGGGGCCCACAAGCUGCAUCUUCAACGGCACUUCUCCUUAUUAUUAUCUAAGGGUCUCACAUUUUACGGAAGCCUUUAUCAGACCCUACCUGAGCUUUUCUGCCAAAGCGGAACAGAACUGCAGCGGUUUGUGUGCCAGCACAGCUGACAUAGAAAGAUGCAUGCUAGAAUUUUACGGAAAGGGUGAAAGUUUACAAACCUAG